CAGACAGCGCGUGUGCAUUGUCGAGAAUCACGCCUGGGUCUAGGACCACUGGAAAACGUUCUACGCUACGCUGCCCACGAACUCUAUUAGUUCGGACUCUAUUCGUAUCAAUGGCUUGGUUUUGAAAUCGUUUACAAAUAUUGGUCUGAAGAAGAGGAGACGGAGGGCUGAGAUAACGUGCGCGCGAAAGAGAGAGGACGAAAGAGGGAGAGAGAGAGAGAGAGAGAGAGAGUAAGAGCGUGAGAGGCAGGGGGUGAAAGGAGACUAUCACGAUGAUGGAACUUACAAUGGAGAACAUUGGGAACCUCCACGGCGUUUCUCAUAGCCAUCAAACGGAGGACCUGAUGAACUCUCAUCACGGACGACAGUCCUCACACAGAAACCUGGUGUCGCACGGGCGCUCGGCGAUGGUUUCCAGCAUGGCUUCAAUUUUGGAAGGGGCUGGAGACUAUCGCACGGACCACGCAUUGUCCGGUCCUUUACACCCGGCAAUGACCAUGUCCUGCGAUUCCGGAAUGAGUUUAAGCAGCACCUAUACUACACUAACGCCGCUGCAACACCUGCCUCCCAUUUCCACGGUCUCCGAGAAAUUUCACCAUCAUCCCCACCCUCAUACCCAUCACCAUCCGGCUCAUCAGCGUCUCACUGCCGGGAACGUUAGCGGCAGCUUUACCCUUAUGCGCGAUGACCGGAGCCUAGCGUCUAUGAGCAAUCUUUACAGUCACUACCCCAAAGAUAUGUCUGGUAUGGGACAGUCGUUAUCCCCUCUGUCCAACGGGCUUGGGUCUUUGCACAACUCUCAGCAGUCUCUCUCGGCCUACGGUCCUGGGACCCAUCUUUCGAACGACAAGAUGCUGUCCACGGGAGGCUUCGAGAGCCACGCGGCCAUGCUGUCUAGGAGCGAGGAUCACCUAGCUCGGGGUUUAGGGAGCCAUGGUGCUGGCAUCAUGACCUCUCUCAAUGGAAUUCACCAUCACAGUCACCCACACUCUCAGGCCAACGGGUCUAUGUUGAACGAACGGGACAGACAGUCUGUGGGGGGUGGUCAGGGAGGAGGACCAGGGCAGGUGGAGGAGAUAAACACCAAAGAGGUGGCACAGCGCAUAACCGCGGAGCUCAAAAGGUACAGCAUUCCGCAGGCCAUCUUCGCCCAGAGAAUCUUGUGUCGGUCGCAGGGAACGCUUUCUGAUCUGCUCCGGAAUCCCAAACCAUGGAGUAAACUCAAGUCUGGACGAGAAACCUUUCGGAGGAUGUGGAAAUGGUUGCAAGAACCCGAAUUCCAGAGAAUGUCCGCUCUCAGAUUAGCAGCUUGCAAGCGAAAGGAACAGGAGCAGCAGAAAGACCGCAACAUGGCCCCCAAGAAGCAGCGACUGGUCUUCACGGAUCUGCAGCGGCGCACGCUCAUUGCCAUCUUCAAGGAGAACAAGCGGCCGUCCAAGGAGAUGCAGAUCACCAUUGCCCAGCAGCUGGGCCUGGAGGUCAGCACGGUCAGCAACUUCUUCAUGAACGCCCGACGCCGCUGCAUGGACCGCUGGCAUGACGAGCACCUUGGCGGCAGCCCUGGGCAGCCGGGCACCUCUGCCACCACCUUCUCCAAGGCCUGAGAGGGAGGGGGGGUGCGCGCUGUUGGAGCCAGGCGCCAGGCCUGGUGCUGCCAUCGCCAUUGCCACUCACUCGAGGUCGCCCAUGAGGAGCUGUUAGCAACGUGCUAAACGAUUCUCUCCUUCAGUCCUGCUCUUUUACUUCCUCCAUUUUGUUUUUCUGUCUCUGUCGGUUGGACUGUUAUUAUGCGGAAUAGAACAUAGGUAAAUAAGUGUUCAGGACCACACAUGGACAGACAUUAUUUGGUAAUUUUGAUUCGUUGUUUUGUUUAGUUUUGUUUUUGGUUCGAAGUCCAGCAUCAUGUUGAAAAUCCUACCGACGUGCUGAGAUGUCAAGCCUCAAAUAGCCUCUUCACUCUGACUUGUUGCUAAAAUGAAUUCCUUUAAGCAUUCCCCUACUGCGUUUGCUCAGCCUCACUGGAAUCAUGUGUAUGUGAGGGCUCGUCAGCAAAAGAGCAGCAAUAAGCACCACAGCACACAACCUUCUCUUGUCCCAGGCCACUGUACAUGGCACUCAAAAAGAAAGAAAGGAAGAAAACAAACCAAAACAAAACAACAAUACAGUUCCCGCAGGAAGCAGUUUUGCCAUCCUUGUCACCUCACCACACCCCACCACACCACAUCCCACCCAUUACCAGAGGUAGCCUAUUCUCUGAAGCCCAAGCCAUUUCAUGGAGGCUCUUUCAGAUCAUGCACCAGGCUAAAGAAUUGAAAAUGUAAUCGAUGCAGACAGAAAGCAAGGGGCCUUGACCCUUCCUGAAGGUGAAACGGAACGCGCCUCACAAUGAAGAUACUCAGGUCUGCCCCAGUUCAGGUCUAUAUUUUUGCACAGAUGUUGGAUAACCUGCUGGGAAGGCGGUCUGUCCUUGCUUGUAAAAGUGAAGCGACUCUGUUCCUCACCAUUAGGAAGGUUCCUGAAAUAAAAAAUACGUCUGUUUCUGUUUGGUGAAUAACAAUGAGGAGAGGAAGAAAAGAGUGAUACUGUCGUUGCUUAAUAGCCUCUGAGGAGAGAGAGAAUAAAGAGCACACGGAAAUCCAGAACAUUACACAAUCCUCAACCUGCACAGAGUGGUAGUGCCACCUGGUGGCCAAAAGAGGAAUGGAAAUUUAGCAACGCCAAAGAGACGGUUAAUCAUUUCCCAGACAAUAGGACGAGCCACGUCGGCAAAUGUGGUGUAAGGUUAAAUCUGAGAAAAAAAGGACUGAUGGAUAGUCUCUGUGACCUUGUCAAUCUUAUUUGUGUUCACAAGGCGUAAAGAUUAGGGAAGCUCCACAGAUGGACUGUAAGACACAAAAAUAGUCAUGGUAAAUUUAUUACAAUUUAUAUCCUUCUCCUCUAUAGCCUACUUUGGGGCGUGUUAUACAUGAUUUUAAAUUCAUACUGACAUCAACUUUAAUAUGGAAGGGAAGCUGUAGGUAUUUGCACAGCACAAAUAGCAUCAAACAUUGUAAUCUAUCUGUUAACAACCUUCAAAUUAUGAUUGUCUGACAUCAUUUUCAUUGUAUAAAUAUCCCAUUAUUAUUACUUUAUUUAUUUUUAAGGAGGACAUGUGGUUGACCACAUAGCAGUCCAAAAAUAUUUCAGAAACUAGUGCCAAUGAUAACUGCCUUAAUGCUAAUCAGUGAUGGUACUGCGUUCACACGACUUCAGCAAGCCCUACCCCUCUUAAUGGGCAAUGUGUGCCAUAGCAACCAACAAUCAUCUUUAAAUGGAUUAGAAUCUAGCUACUUUUUUCUACGCAUCAGAAUGUCUGAAAGAAAUUAGACAAGGAAUCUCAAUGGACAGCUGCUACACAGACCACAAGACAAAGGACACCCUUUCAGAAACACAACAAACACAGCGAUCGUUCUGUCUUUGGUUCUCUACCUCCUCUCUCAUCUCUUUCUUCCUACUCUCUCUCUGUCUCUCUCUCACACUAUAAUAAUGAUGCGGGUAAUUAGUACCAUAGACACAAAGUUUCUAUUUCUUGUUACUGUUGUGAUCUGUCGUGCAUAUGUAAGGCACCUUGUUCAUAAAUUGCAAAUGGAAAGACGGAUGGACUUUUUUUAAAAAAGGAAAUUGACUGGAAUGGAAAAAAACAAGUAACAGUGAGACUGAGAAAACUGGAGACCACUGGAAACUUCACAUCCCUUCAAGCACCCACAGGUGAUGAGGGAGAUGGCUUAAACCAGGACCCGGGAGAGGGGCCUAAGGACUACUCGUUCUCUCUCCUCUGUUGCCAUGGCGAUAGGGCCGAGAUGCUCCGGAGACCCCUUCGCCCCUUUGGAGCCGAGGAGAGAGGCGUGUUAAAGGAGAACAGUGCAACCUCCAACUCACCCCUUCUCUUCACAUGGAAGAGGAACAGAAGGUUCCGGAGGAUACCGCCAGGUCUACACGCUGUCUCCACAGUGGUGCAACUGUAGCAUUUUUCUGGGGGAAAUUUUAGGUAGAUGUACUGUUCUGGUUAGAUAGGGCAUUGUUCAUGCCAAAUUGUUGGUAGAGGGAGGUUCACUCGAUUUGCUAUAAGCAUUGAGUUAAAAAAGAAAAUGAAAAUGAGACAAACAAUUUGUGUAACACAAUUCAGAAAGGAAUCUGCAAUGUACAUUAGCUUGGAAAAAAUGACCUUUGUUUGUAGUGAGAACCAGUGUGGCUACCUCACUGAGCUGAGUGGUUUGUGAAACCGCCACUGAUACCAAAGAUUUUUUCGACCUGCCGGUCCUAAUCUGCCCAGGGGGACACUCACCCCUUCCUCUCCUCCUAUUCUGCCCUGGACCGUUACACACACACACACAACAUGCACACACACAGACUAACUGACACACAAUCAUA